AUGAAAAUCUAUCUCACCUUGAGCUUGAAGUCAGAUCAUAAAGGAAGAAAUUUCUCAGACUCAGCUGCUUUUGUGAACAUUUUUCAGUUUGACUCUGCAUUUUUACAUGUGAUGUAUCACCUAAAUUAUACUUUCAAAAUAAGUAUUUGAAGUCCUUACCAGAUGGAUAAUGGGAAGGAUAUUCAACCACUUGUUAUCCACAAUGGAACUGGAUGGUCCAUGGUUGGUGGUUGGCUUUGCUGGCCUGGUGAUGAUGCUCCAAGGACUGUUUUCCAAACUAUAGUUGGUCGUCCUCGUCACACUGACUUCAUGGUUGGAAUGGGACAAAAAGAUGCCUAUGUUGGUGAUGAAGCUCAGUCUGAAAGAGGCAUUUUGACGUUGAGAUAUCCCAUUGAACAUGGCAUAGUAAGAAACUGGGAUGAUAUGGAGACAAUGUGGCAUCACACAUUUUGCAAUGAACUCCGAGUUGCUCCAGAGGAGCAUCCCAUUCUUCUGACUGAAGCGCCACUUAACCCCAAAGCAAACCGAGAAAAAAUGACCGAAAUCAUGUUUGAGACAUUCAAUGUUCCAGCCAUGUAUCUUGCAAUCCAGGCCAUUCUUUCUCUUUUUACUAAUGCUCGUACAACUGGUAUUGUGCUUGAUGCCAGUGACGGUGUGACCCACACUUUCCCCAUCUAUGGGGGGCAUGCACUUCCGAAUGCUAUCUCACAGUUAGUUCUUGGUGGUCGUGAUCUUUUAGAGUAUCUCAUGAAGAUUGUCUUCGAGGGUGGUUGUUUGAGUUCUACACAUGCUUAUGAAAGAUAUAUGUUUCGUCAUAUGAAGGAGAAUAUUGCUUAUGUUGCACUGGAUUUUGAACAGGAGAUUGAGAAGGCAAAAACCUUCCCAAAAUCAUUUGAGAAGGGCCACGAGCUUCCUGAUGGAGAAGUGAUUAAUAUUGGGGCUGAGUGGUUCCAUUGCCCUGAAGUCCUAUUCCAGCCAUCAUUGGUUGGAAUGGAAGUGACUGGAAUCCACGUAAAAGCCUACAACUCAAUCAUGAGAUGCGAUGUUGAUACUAGGAAAGAUUUAUUCGCAAACAUUGUUCUUACUGGUGGCUCAACAAUGUUUCGUAUGAGCAAGGAAAUCACUGCUCUUGCUCCAAGCAGCACAAAGAUCGAGGUGAUUGCACCACCUGAGAGGAAGUACAACACAUGGAUAGGAGGAUCAAUUCUAGCUUCCCUCAGUACUUUCAAGAAUAUGGUCAAAUGGAUUCGACCUCCACUCUUGUUUGUCAAACUAAACAGUAAUGGAUCAUUUAUUCAUGGAUCUUGUGGUGGAGCAGGUGUAACUUGA